UUUAAAGCCCUCUCUCGUCAUGAUUUCCUUUCUCUUUCCCCCUAUCGACCUCUCAAACCUCCGGCCAUAAUUUUGCGGCACCGAAACUGGUGACAGAGCGCUUCAAGAGAACACGUUUUGAUAUACUUUGAAAGGUGCAUUCACAGUAGUGAAUCAGGUUUGCUGUUGGGAUCCCCCAUCUAGAGAGAGAGGCUACUGCUCAAGAGGGCGAGAGUAAAAUGCCCGAUCAACAGAGAGAGAGGUAAAAGGGGCAGCAACACAGCGGCAGUGGUGAUCUUAGAGAGAGAAAAAGGGGCGUUGGUGGUUAUAGAGGAACAAAAACCUCCGUCAAUUCUCAGCAAAAUUCCGGCCAUUCAGGCUUUCCAGGUAAAGAAAAUCACAAACCCCCUAAAACCCACCUCAAGAAAAUCACCAAUCCUCAUUCUCCGGGGAAAGUUUCUGGCCAAAUCAUCCGAUAAUAAAUUCCGGCGCCCUGCUCAACCCAAGAAAAGAAAACCUCUGAUAAACCAGCGAAUUUCCCCAUCACCACUAUAAACCAGCCUAUUGUGCUCACUUUCCAGCCAAAAUCCAGCCAUUCUCCCCCAAAUUUCACUAUAAAAUCCGUGAAGCUACAACAAUAAAUAGACCAAAAAAAAAAAACUCAAGAAUCAAACCAGCGCCUAAUUAAACAAAGCACCCAAACCCACAUCAAGAAUCCAUGUAGAGCCCCACUUUCUGGUCUAAUUCUGGCCAAAAACAUGAUGGAAAAAACUUUUAUCUUACCCUGACCUGAUCAAACCUUGGAACCCAGUGAGGUGAGAAAGCAACCUUAGAGAGAUAAAAGUUUAGAGAAAGCAACCUUAGAGAGAAAGCAACCCAGUGAGGUGAGAGAGAAAGUGGGACGUUGCAGAGAGGAAGCCAGUGAGGUGACGACGAUGGCAGCUGGUGGUGGGUUGGAGGACGCGGCUGCGAGGUUGCUGCCUGAUUUCGGGUGGUGAGAAGGGUUUGACAGUUGGCGGAGAAGACUGAAGGGGAAGACUGAGGGGCAGAGAGUAGGGAGAGGGAAGUGAUAGGUGGAGAAUAGGGAAGGGGAGUGAGAGAGGAGGAGAGAGGGAGCAAUGAGGUGGCGGAAAUGGGGGUGAAGGAUGGUGAAAAUGGGCAGCAGAAUGGCUAGAAAAAGUUAGAAAAAAGAUGUAUUUUUUAAUUUAUUUGAGUUAAAAGUUGGAAAAAUAAUAGAUAAAGUUAUCGGAGGUUAGAAGAUAGUUUUGAAAUUUUGAAUUUAAAAAAACUAAAAGGUGAAAAUGAGGUUUAUAUGAAUAUUUUUUAAAAAAAAUUUUAUUUUCCAUAGUCAUAAAUUUUGACGUCGAGAUUAUAAAUCAAACGGAUUUCCAAUAUUAAAACGACGACCUUCUGAUAGAUUUUUGAGAGGCAUCCGUAGUCCUAUAUUAUUAUAAUAUUAAAACGAUUUUUUCGAUAGAUUUUUAAGGGGCAUCCGUAGUUCUACAUUAUUAAGAUGUGGCAUCCUUGCAUAAACUUUUUCCUUCUUUAUAUCUCCUUAAAAUAGCCCUUUGAAAUAGCUCUUUCACCCAACGGAACAGAUAUACACAGUGCUCUAUUGGGAGCAUAAACGCACUUUCAGAAGCACUUGGAAUACUGGCGUAAAGGACUGGAGAUGCUCCCAUGGAGUGAAAAUGAAACCCUUUUAAUCGUUUUCGCUUCGUCGAACUGGCGAUUCUCUACAGAUGUACAGGUCACUCUCUCGAGUGGUUGUUUGAAAUCUCUCUCUCGAGUGGUUAUUUGAAAUCUCUCUCGAGUGGUUAUUUGAAAUCUCUCUCUGUGUUUAUAUCAAUCUAUGAGUGGAGGGAUUGUUCGACCAUGGGCGAGGACAAUGUACCAAUACAUGGGCUCCUCGCCAAGCGUUGCAGCUCUACCAGGCCUCUUACAGCCAGGAGUGGUCAUUUAUGAUGGCGUCUGUCAUCUUUGUCACAGAGGGGUCCGGGCCGUGAUCAAAGCCGACAAGCAUCGAAAGAUUAAGUUCUGUGCCCUCCAAUCGAGGGCUGCCGAGCCUUAUUUGUUGUUCUGUGGCCUUGAUCGACAAUCUGUUCUUCGUAGGUUCUUGUUUGUUGAAGGCCCUGGAUUGCCAUGCCAUCAAGCAUCUACAGCGGCACUGAAAGUUUUGUCCUACUUGCCACUCCCUUAUUCUGCACUAAGCAUCUUUUUGGUAGUCCCUACUCCAGUAAGGGACAUUAUCUAUGAUUAUAUCGCGAAGCAUCGAUAUGAAUGGUUUGGGCGAGCUGAAGAUUGCAUAGUUCCUGAUGGAGAUGUACUUGAUCGCUUUAUCGAUAGAGAUGAGAUGGUGGAAAGGCUAAAGAAAGGUGAGUCUGAGGCAUAAUGCACUCGACUUCUGCAGUGUACCCAUUGCAACACAAGUGCGCAAAACAAAUUUUUUUGUUAUAAGCAGUAGUCAGGGUUUGCUGUUUACCGUGGUGGUGUUUUUUUCUUUGGUUUGGGGGGGAGAGAAAGAGAGAGCAGUUGCAGUUGAGGACUAUCAAGCAAUAAAAGCUAAUCCCAACAAAACCAUGAUACUUAAUUGUACAAUGUCCAAAUGAUUUUCUCUGUUCAUCGUUGGGUUAAUGUUCUUCAAAUUUUUUAUUUUUGAAACCAGGUGUCAUUCUGGUGAUAAUAGUACAAAUUAAAAUCCAA